AUGUCAGCCGAUCUCUUUGCGGCCUUUGGGGCUUCAUCUCACGAUCAAGGCUCUCAGUCAAAUCCGGUUAACAACAGCAGCGACCCCUUUUCUUUCUUGACAUCAAACAACAGCACCUCCUUACCACCGCAAAACACCCCACAACCACAACAACAACAACAACAACAACCAGCUCCUGUCUCUAUACCAUGGCCAUCAAUAACGCCUAGCCAACCCCAAACAUCAAGUCUAUGGGGCGAUCUCGGCACGUUGGGAGGAUCCCAAGGAGGGUUCCAGAGUUUCCAAUCCGCAUCGCCAGCUCCAGCACAUCCGAAACCCGCUGCGCCGGACGUGGAGGAUGAGGACGGUUGGGGAGACUUUGAAGUUGCCGCCACCCAUAACACAAGUUUACAAAGCCCAUCUCCUCCGGCCAGCAACGUUGGACCGCCCCAAAUUGGUCGCGUCAGAAGCCCAACGCUUGAUCUGGUGUCGAAUAAGCUCGUCAAUCUCGACUUGUCUUCAACUGGCUCUCAACCAUCCGCCAACAAACCUGUACAGAAACCCGUGAUUAAGCCUAUCCGAAACGCUGACCCAAGCGUUUUGUUUGAUGCCGAUGACUUUGAGCUCCAGGAGGUAGACGGUGAGGAAGACGACGACGACGAGUUCGGUGACUUUGAAGGCACUUCAAGUCCCGCGCUCAUUGUCCCAGCCGCCGGUCCCGGCACGAAAGAACCCAAGAAACAGCCCCCUGGCCUUUUCCUAUCGGGUGGCAAUUCCCAGACGCUGCAUCCAACAGCGCCAAAGUCUCCCUUUGCAUCGUCCCACGCUCGAAAACUCAGCGAUGUCAAGGAGCUCAAGAUCAAGACACCAGUGACCUCGGGCUUUCCUAAAGAGGUCAAGGAGCGAGAAGCGUCCCCGCUCACAGCCUGGCCGUCCGGUACUGGUGAUGGUUUUGGGCAUGAGUGGGAUAAGUUCGCAGACCUUUCUGUCAGUCACACAAAGACACUGACAAAGGCGGCUGGUAAUACCAAGACACCAGCAAAGAAACCAGAGCUAGAAUCUUCUUUUGACUCAGAUUGGAAGGACUGGGAGGAAACAGAGACAGUCCAACCACAGGCUGUUGGGAUUGCUUCCCAACCCACCAACUCUGACAAACGUCCUCCGCCUACGAACGUGCCUCCGCCAUCUAUCUUGCUCUCCAUACUGCCCCAGCUCCUCGAUCUUUCCAAAACAACUCUGCUCAAGAUCAAGGGUUUGCCUGCGGCCAAGCAGCAUGCUGUUGCUUCCGACCCUGCCACAAUGAUAUUCCUGCGCGGUUAUCUGGCCUUGGCUACUGUGACGGGCAGGAUCAUCGCUGGCCGAAAGCAAAGGUGGCAACGCGAUAAGUUUCUUAUGCAGGGCAUGUCCAUCUCAGCCGCAGGAGGCAUGAGAGGAAUGAAGCUUGCCACUGUUGACAAAUCUCAGUCUGCUAGAGAUGAUCACAGUGCUGUGGCGGUUCUGGAUGUCUGGGCCCAGCAAGAGGGAAGUCUGCGCUCUACAGUUACGGCAGCUAAUGCCGCCUCGGAUGCCAAACUCAGGGUCCCUCAGCUCAAGCUCGCUCUCCCGGUCCAUGUAGCCAAGAACGUACCCACGGCACCGAAACCCUGUGUGAUAUGCGGCCUCAAAAGGGAUGAACGAGUUACUGGAGUUGACUUUGAUGUCGAGGAUAGUUUCGGUGAGUGGUGGGUCGACUUCUGGGGACAUAGGGCAUGCAAGAACUUCUGGGUAGAGCACGAAGCCAAGUUGAGACAGCGAUGA